GGCCACUCGUUUCCUCCCAAGAGGCCUGGAUGCCUUCCCUCACACCUUGGGGCCCACCACGGGGAUCAAACACGAUAUCUCGCAGUCACCUACUGUCUGUACGGAUACCUGUCCUGCCUGUCCGGAUGCCGAGUGAUUCCAUCGGCUCCAUCCACCUGCAUGCAGCCCGUCGUCACCAUCCGAACCCGUCUACCACGUCUACCACUCCAGCGGUUUUUUAACUCUCCCUUCUUCUGUCCUUCUCUACCGACAUCGAAACUCAAACUCUGCACAUCCACACUCAUCUCUCUGCAAGUCAUCAUCUGAUCUGCAGCUCUCAUCGAGGCCCCGUUCUGCGACCGCUUCCUCGGCCCAUCCGACCCAGCUGGCCCAUAUCAAUUCUGGCCUUCACCACCUGACCACCUGACCGGGCCUUUAUUCUCGGCUCACCUUGACCUUGUUUGCGCUCGGCUGCUCAACGAUACCCACUCGAUUGUCCAAAAGUAAAGGCACAAGGGCCUCGCUUUUGGUUGGCUUCGUCAUCAUCUCAGGCUUCCACCCGAGCCUUCACCUUUUUCUUGGACCAAUUCCCGCCGUCAAAUCAACUCAUUACUCACAAUGCUGUUGUGAUCAUACCACCACUUUUCUCUCAUUUUUCUUCUAUUCUUCAUCAGCAGGUCUGACUGUUGCGCCGGCCGUUGACACGCCCAGCUUUGUUUGACCGAACCUCAUUCAACCCACCCCUUUCAUCCCAUUGUGCUCGCACAACAACAAUACCAUUCAACGCCACCCGUCUCGACCUUUUAUAUUUCCACGGCCGAGGACCAAUUUCACCCAGGCAUCUUCAACAACUACACUCAAAACCUUUGAACCUUUGCCGCACACAUUUUUGCGCUUCCAAAUUUCUGCGAAAUUUACACACGCUAGCCGUGUACUCUACCCAGCUUGAUUGACUUAAGCAGACCACCCAAAAAAAGACAAAACUCACAUUUACUCGACAACAUGUUUUCCCGUUCGAUUUUGGAGCAGAGUGCUCUGGCGGCUGCCGUUGUCCUCUCGGGCAUCCCAGCCACCAUUGCCCACUCUUGGGUUGAGCAACUGAACCGCAUUGCGCCCAACGGCACCAUGAUCGCACCCGAGGGAUACCAGCGUGGCUACAUUGGACGAGGCGACCCAGGCUUCAAGGGAGAUGUCUCGGACGAUCUGUGGCAGAUCCCUCCCAACGACCGUGCCGAGGGCGCUGUCAUCUUACCCACAGACCUGCUCUGCGCUCCCCAGCAAAAGAUCGGCACUUACAACAACCCAAAGUACCCCAAGCUGGUAACCGCACCAGGUGACUGGAUUGCCAUGCGACACCAGGAGAACGGCCAUGUCACGCUCCCAGCGACCCAGGAGAACAAGCCUCGCAACCGUGGAACCAUCUACAUCUACGGUACAGAGAAGCCCGGCGCCAACGACACCCUCAUGUCCAUCCACAAUGUCUGGAACACGGAUGGCACUGGCGGUGACGGCCGGGGCCGCCUCCUGGCAACGAGGAACUACGACGACGGCCAGUGCUACCAGAAGAACGGCGGUGACAUCUCGGUCUCGCGUACCAAGCAGUUCAACAAGGCGGCCGCAAACCCCAUGGGCGAGGACCUGUGGUGCCAGUCCGACAUCCAGCUCCCCUCCGACCUGACCGUCGGCGCCGACUACACCCUCUACUGGGUCUGGGACUGGCCCACCCUCUCCAAGGCCAACGCCAUGGUCGGCGACAAGGGCGUCGAGGUCGCCAAGCCCGAGACGUACACCUCGUGCAUGGACGUCGAGGUCGUCGACCCCUGCGCCGACGAGCUCGGCGACGUCAAGUCCCCGGCCUGCAGCAAGGGCGCCGGCGCCGGCGCCAAGUCAAAGGCCAAGUUCUCAAACACCUUCUCCAAGGGCCAGUCCUGGGACAACGCCGCCGUGCCCCAGGAGCUCUCCGGCAACUUCGCCGUCGGCGUCGAGGGCGCCACUGCCGACUCGAGCAGCAACACUGGCAUGUCUGCGCCACCGGAUCUGGCUGGAACCGGCGGCGGCAACAGCGGGAAUGACAACGGCAACGGAAAUGGCAACGGCAACGGCAAUGGUCACGGCAAUGGCAAUGGCAGCGGUAACUCUGGCUCGGCGGGCGGUGCUUCUCCUGGUCGCCCAGCUCCGACCGGCCGCCCGGCCGCCUCAGGUGGCGCGCCAUCGACCCUCUCCACCGUCACCACCUCAGCCACGUCGGCGACCAGCGCCGCGGCGGCCGGCGGCGCCACCGUCACCGAGCUCAGCACCGUCACCGUAACCGAGGGCGUGGCCACCGUCACCGUGACUGCCUCCGCAGCCGCAGGUGCGGGCGGCGCCGCAGCCGGCGUGGUCGGCCAGGACAGCAACGGCGGGCUCGUGAUCCCCACGCCGGGCGUCGCCCCGGCCGUCGAGCCCUUCACCAGGAGGAGGCGAUCCCGCAUCGAGCGCAACCUCUCAUAAGGGUCUCUCCCCCCUCCGUUCACCCUCACUCCAAUCACCGCUUUUCCCUUUUCUCUAUUCAAAUUGUCCAUAUGCAUCAACCAUCGUCACCCCUUCACCAUCAUCGCCCGGUAUGACGGCCGGAACGUACAUACAUACACACCCAAACCCCAACACCACCUACCACCACCAAUCACCAACCACCAUUUCGAACCGGAUUCGCGCUGGCAUGGUCAGGCGGGCAGAGACCAAAACAAGGAUAAAGGGGUCGGUCACCCGGUAAUUCAAUACAGGACAAGGCAGGACCAGCCAGGGCAUGAGACACAAUGAAGACAGAAUGGUAUGGGCAUAUGAAGGAAAUGAUUUUUCUUUCUCCCCCUUUUAUUUCUCAAGGGCAGGCAUUAUGAAUGAGAAAAACGCGGAAACGGGAUUCAUGAGAAGGGAUGGAUGGAUGAUGGCGUUGGACUUUUGCAUUUUCCCCAUUUCCUUUUUUCCUGUCUUUGCAUCGGCGAGGCUGGGCCCGCUCAAGAUACCAUUGUUGUUGUUUUUCCCCUGGUUUUUCAGAACUUGCAUUUGCACCCAUCAGAGAAAUAUGAGGUGAAGGGCCGAUGUGGUCUUCUUCUUCUUCUUUCUCUCGCAUUGCAUGUGUGCAUCGUGGCGUUUUUGAUGUUUCCUAGGUAGAUGGGAUAGUGAUACCAAUUUUCAUUCCUCUACCCCCCUGUAUAAAGGGGGGAUUUAAA